GGCUGCCGGCAGCGCCUCGGCUUCAGGAGGGGCCGGCAGUCUACCCUGGCCGGGAGCCUGAGGAGAGGCCUUCGUGGGCAUCGCUCCGGAGACGCACGGGCACGCCGUUAUUCCGAGCACAGCCCAACCUUUUCAGGAAUUUAAUCUCCAUUAUGCAUAUUUAAGUUUUUUAAAAAAAACGGUCUUGAUAUAUAUUUAUGGUCUAAUGCACACUGGAUUUGGUUUGGGGCUCUGUUUUGCUGUACUUACAGCCACUAUCCGCCUCAGGAGGGGGCAGUUCAAAUGACGCUUCCAUCUGUUCUGUGUAGCCAUCACGGGGAAGGCAGUCGAGGGAUGAAGGAUAUGUGUUGCAUCAGUUCAGCGAAGCAGUGGCCCACUAUAUGCUUGACAUCUUAGAAUUUUUCUUGUUAAAGCUCCUCCAGUUUUGGUGUUCAGUUGUAGGUUGUCUUCUCCGAUUGAGGAGUAGUUAAGGUUGUCAAGUAGACUGAGUGAUCCAAGGCUUUUUGGGUGGGGGUAAAACAGGGUGCUUUGUUUUUUUGUUUUGGGGUUUUGUUGUUUUGGGUUUUUUUUAAAUGUAUGUCACUUCUGCAGAGAGGUGGGUAAAGAUAUGAUCUGGUAAGACUUUGAACUUCGUCAAAUUGCCAGUGGUAGUCAUAGAUUUCUGCUUCUUUGACUUAAGUGUUGCUGGUCAUAAUAACGUGCAUCUUACCUUUGGGAUUGGAAGCAGGAGGAAAACAUUAUCAUCACUGGUUUGGAAACAAUAAUAAAUUUUAUAUUAAGGUUCAGGGAGUAAAAUAGUGCUUAAGCAAGAACUUUCUUUUGAUUUGAGUUGUUUUCAUCAGUUAAUUGAUUUUUUUUUAAUUGAACAGAUUUAGUAAAAAAGUGUUUCAGUAGAUAUAUGGCAGUUGAUCACUUUUUUGAUUUGAAAUAGUGGAGCUCUUCAACAUUCUUCUAUAAUAUUUCUAUGUUUGUAUUUCUGUAGUGCUGGUGGGGUCUUCUAAAUGCCAGUCAGCAUAAAGCAAAUAAUCUGUUAUGGUACAUGCUUCCUUUGGAAAUCUCAUGUCACUUUUUUUUUUUUUUAUUCAUACACUACUCAGAAUCCCAACAAAAUAGCUGUUACGCUGUGUGCUUGCAGUCCUCCUUUGUCCUGUAUUAUAACUUUUAACUUACAGUGUGUUUCUACUGAGACAGUUGAACUGCUACCAUAGGUGAUUGAGGUCAAGUGACUGAGGCUGAAGUGAUUUGAGGUGAAGGUACUUUGACUUGCUCAGUUUCCACUGUUACAAAUUGCAUUUAUAUGAAUGCAACUACUUUAAAAACAAAGAUUGGUCUUGGCUGGAUCUGCCAACUAGACUCAGUUAUAGAGGUGUGAGAGCUUGGUUAAGAAGCCUCUAUCAUCAGUCUGUUAGCAAGAAAUUACGGUGAUUAUUUAACAUGCAAUAUUAAUAAUGAAUAGAAAGAUAUAAUCAAGCAUCUCUUGGAGAACUAUAAAAUUGUAACAGUUAUGUUGAAUUUUACUUGGAAUUACACAGACUUAUCAAACCAAGUAAAGCCUGGUAAUAGCAGAAUAUGUGGCUCUAUUAACUGUUUGGGUUUUUUUUUUAACAGCUAUGAAUUUGAAGAUUUUUCCCAAUUUGUAGUGGAAAAUGUAACAGUAAAUUGAAGACUGGAAAUUCACUUUGUGCUCUCCCACUGCGUGUUGCUCUUUCUGUAUGCACCUCUCUGUACCUCUUCAUCUUUUCAUACAUACUAUUCUGAUAACUUCCUUAAGCGUUAGUGAAAGUUGAGGUUAAUGAAAGUUGAUUAUUUCUUUAAAUUAUCUUCUAAAUGGUUUGAAAACCAGUGAUUCAGUACAUAAUGUAUAGAUGUUUAUCACAGAUUGACUGAAAUAGCUGGAACUACUUUCUGUUUUACAAAGAUACACUUUGUAGUGUAGAAAGUAGGUCUUAAAAAUCUGAGCAAAGCUGGGGCCAGAAAGUCUUUUCACAAACAACCAAGUAAUAUAAAGAAUAAAACAAAGAGCUCUUGGUGAUCUAGUGACAGGCGAAGGAAAGAGUAACUGCAAUUCCUAGAGAAGGCUCCAGACUGCCAGCUUGUGGUGAAUGUAGCAGCACCAGCGUAGCAGUAGUCUAAAGAUACAGAUUCGUCAUAAAAUGGGCAGCCUGAGGUGCAAGUAUGUAAAAGAACUUCAUUUGGCAAACUGGAUAUUGGGAAAGUCUCUGCAACACAUCAUGAUGGGAAGAAGACAAAACUCUUCAGAAGAGUAAUUUUUUUUUCUUAAUUUCCCCCCAUUUAUGCCUUUAUAAACUUGUUAUCUGUUUCAGAUACUGCGAAUAAACAACUUUAUUUGCAUGUUUAACUGAGCCUGUCAUGAAGGAAAAAUGAUCUGAUAUUAGAUGAUUAUAAAAAGGUAAUUUCUCACUCCAGUCCCUGGAGCAAACUUCAAGUUCCUAGCUCCCCGUUUUGUAGAAUAUUGGAAAACUAAGAGAGCCUGCUCCCAAGAAAAUUGUUUGGGUUCUCUGGAAAAUAGGUGUUACAGGCUCAGAGAAGAAGGAGAUGUCGCUGCAGUAAUUGUAAGUAACCAACUUUGUUAUUUUCAAUACUGACAUGCACAUUGAACUCAGAAGGCUCCCAGGAGGCUACAACAAGAGCCUAAAACCAGUUGGAAACUAGAUUUAAUCCUUGUAUCCCUUCCUACUGUGACAGAAUGUAAAAUAUGCCUUAAAUGUAGCUAUUUCUCUGUCAAUAUUAUGUUACACGUUACUAGACAAUUGUAGAUGUUCGGUUGCUGCAGACAGAGCUUUGUGUUCUGCGGUCCCAGAGUCUCCAGUCACUGAGCUGUUCGUGUUAAUCUGAUUUUUUGUUUCCUUACAUCCAUUUAUUUCUUGGUAGAAAAGAUAAUAGUGAUACUGCAGUGAUAAAUUGGUGUAGUCCUGUCUUUCUGAAUUUGUAUACCUUUGGAAACAUUAAAUGUUAUAAUGGCAUAUGAUAAUACCAAUGUUGGGAGUAUUAACUGUUUUGCUAGUUACCUUGUUGUAGCAGAAUUGGGCAGUUAAUGUAUUGAUCUCCAAACCUGCUCUAAUAAGCUUGUUUUCCUUACUGAAUGACUUAAACCUUUGACUUCACCUCUAGCAACUUCUGCAUCAGUGAUGCAUUUUCCAUGUGAAAUCCUGAAGACAGAAACUAUAUCAAGAAAUAGGAGUUCUUACAUCAAGCACAAAGAAUUGGUGCCUUUUGUGUACACUGAGAUUUUAAUGUCACCUUGCUUUGUAGUCCUUUGCCUUGUAAGUGAGGAGACAGGGUUUUAAUUCUGAAUGAGCCCAUCUAUUUCAGGAUUUCUUCUGCAGUAAAUGACUAGGGAUUCUAACAGCAAAGCUUCCUCCAUUGCAUACUGACUUAAUCAUCUGCAGACCAGGUCUGUCCUCUAAAAUGAAUGAGGAACUGGUAGUAAAGUAAUUAUGACUGGAUUUGUGAUUGAAUUUUAACUUAAUUAUACUAAGGCUGAAGUAUUAACUCAUUGUAAACAUUGGAGAUCAUUCCUUAGAGAUACACAUUUGUGAGUGACCUAACUAGGAAAACAACUUCAUUCAGAGUUUAUAGUUCAUCACAUUACACUUGCAAGUUUUGAUACUGACAGCAAGGAAUUGAGAAGUCACUCUAAGGAUUUAAUAAAUAAAAUAAACUUUAUAUAUUAUUAAACUUUAUUAAGGCAGCAAGGAACUUUUUCUUGCUUGGAUGAAGGCUGUGUAGAGGAUCCUUUCCAGUGUAGAGGAAAGGAUCAUGGAGUAGGAGAGGGUUAUCAGAGAAAGUAAUGAUGUAUUUUCAGUAAUAUUGUUUACAUGGGUUUUGCUGGCUGAGUUUGUGCUAAAAGAAGUGUCUUCUGAAAUUCAAACCUGAUGAGGAGAACAACCACAAGGAGAAAUUAAAGAAAUUAAGGUACUGAAAUUGAUGUUUGACUUGAGAAAUAUAUUGUAUAUCAAAUUUGUGUGGAGAGCACUUUGUUUUCCCUUUGCUAUGGCUGCCUUUCACAAAUUUUUUUCAGUUCAAAUAGGUGUGCUUUUUUUGUUGCAUUAACUGUCUAUAAAUUGUCUUUUAUCUGCUACUAAGGUUUCCUCGUCUUGCAAAAAAAGAAAUCAAAAUCCAACAUAAAUUGUUUAGCCACAGUGUUUUGUAAUUCUUUGCUAUGCAAGUAUAUUUUUAGAACUUCUUACAUAGCAAUUACUGUUUUGCUUUUUGAGUCCUACCCAUUACAUUUUGUCUUUUCCUGUAACUUGGCUAGGUUAAUUAUCCUAUGUGAAUUGACAGACACCCCAUUUCUAAACAUGCAGCUUCUUUUAUCAGUUAAGCUAAUGACUAGGGAUGCUGAAGGGGCACUCCCAAACCCUGGAAUUACUUUCCUGCUGCCUCCCUUGCGCUGACGGUCAUUUUCAUCUGAUCGUGCAGGGAGGCAAUUCUGGGAGCUAAACAGAAGAUCGGUGACUUGUUUAUGGGAAUAGCUUCCCAUAAAGAGCUUUGCAGCUGGAGUUAUUAUGCAGAACAUAAUAAAGGUGCCAAACUGUAAACUCUAGGAAUUGAAUAAUUAAUGCCGAAGUGGCAACGAUGGGAGAGAAGGAGCUCUGUCUGCUCUUUUGUAAACAACAAUAUCAUUACACAUAAGUGCAAAUAGCUGUGCUUCAAAGGUUUGUGCUUGAUAGAAGUCUCCAGUAGUUUUGCUGUUUAGAACACCUACAGGUGAGUAGGUGGGCAAGCUUUGUGCUUUUGCUGCAGAAUUUUGUAAUUUGGGGAUAUUUUGUUUUGUUGAAGUGUAGUUUACAUAUGCUUUCAUGUAUAUCCUAGUACUGAAGAUUCUUUUUUUAUCUUUGCAGUGUCGUGUAGGCGUGAGCUCAAGCCCCACCUUCCAUCAUGCAACAGUUAUGAGCAUGUAUGGUAGAGACCAUCUUGUAACUGCAAAAUCGCAAAGGUACUUGAUGUUAAAGGAUUCAGGAUAGAUAGUGGAAGGAUAAGUAAGGCAGGAAGUAGGUUCCCUUGUCAAUUGUGUAUCUCAGCACAGUGCUUAACAUAUCUUUCUAUCUGCAGUAGGUGACUGCAAGCAGUAGUUCCCACAAAGGCUUAAAUGGAAGUGGGGUAAGGGCCUUUGGAUAGCAGCUGUGCAGCUUAAAGACCACUCUGUCAAAUGAUCUUUAAGUAUUAUCUAUAGAUAACAUUCCACAGGACUGCCUAGCAGAUGCAACUCACAGAAGUAUUUCUUAGCAAGCACACUGAUAUAGCUUGAGUUCUGGUGGAGCUGUGAAGAUAAAAGAGCUCUGUCUUUAUCAGUACCUUAAAAGGCUUAACUCAGCCUCCAGUCUGUUAUAAAACUUGUGUUUCAGUGAAGACCAUUUGUUUGGAUCAGCAUGAACUGAACUGUUCUGUUUCAAAGGAUCUUACCAAUUUUAUAAAUAGAGGGCCAUUUUGAUUCUGAGGAUGAGAAAGAUGGUGUGUGCAGGAAGUAAGAGUUAGUGAGGCCAUAAGAAGCAAAAAUCUUUGAUUUCUUAGCAGUUGGUGAACAUGGAUGAACACCAGUAUUAUUUCAUCUUUACUCACCUUUUUGUCAUAUUACAGCUAAAACUUCAGGAUCAGAGGAAUGAAGAGGAAAACGCAGAUAAUUCUUCCUGACCAGAGAACAAGGAAGAUACUCAGUAAACAUGUAGGGUUAAAAAGGGCCAACACUUUUCUUCCAUAUUUGAAGCCAAAAGGUUGUUUCUUGUCCUGGAAUUGUCAUCUAGGACUUUAGACCAUAUAUCCACUCAGUCUGGUAUGAAAAAGAAGUCAGCCUUUCUGCCAGUGUAUCAGUGAUAAUUAGGAGAUGGAUCAGUGAUAAGUGGAUUUGUCUUUAAAUACAGCAGUUCACAAAGAUCAGUCAGAAGAGGUGGAGGAGCAUUACAGCCUCGCAGACUGAAGAUAAACAGUUGUUUUGUCUGUCAGCACAUUGCCAUAACAUGUUUUUUAAUAGGGUUUCAGCAUCUUUUCCACAGUGUAUGCUGUUCUGGCUUCAGUGAGGUUUGAGAACAACCAGCCUUGCACAGUCAUGCCUGCAAGUACGCUACCAGUGCCAUAUACCACAACUGAUGAGGUAAACAUUACCAAAUGAGGAGAAAAGGAAGAUGUCAUCGAGUAUCGGCAGCAAGGCAUUCUUCUUCCCCAUGCAGUAUUAAGCACUCCCCCACACGAGAAACCUUGACAUACGCUCAGGCUCAAAGAAUGGUUGAAAUAGAAAUUGAAGGUCGCUUGCAUAGGAUCAGUAUCUUUGAUCCUUUAGAGAUUAUAUUAGAAGAUGAUCUUACAGCCCAGGAAAUGAGUGAAUGCAACAGCAAUAAAGAAAAUAGUGAAAGACCACCAGUUUGUCUAAGAAGCAAACGGCAUAAAAAUAACAAAGUGAAAAAGAAAAAUGAAGCUCUUCCGAGCUCACACGGUAUACCUGCUACAACGACUCCUCUUCCAGAACCAAAAGUACGGAUUGUUGAAUACAGUCCCCCUUCGGCUCCUCGGAGACCUCCAGUUUAUUACAAAUUUAUUGAGAAGUCAGCAGAAGAACUUGAUAAUGAAGUUGAGUAUGACAUGGAUGAAGAAGAUUAUGCAUGGUUAGAAAUAAUAAAUGAGAAACGGAAAAGUGAUGGAGUGUCAGUUGUCUCACAAAAUAUGUUUGAAUUCCUUAUGGAUAGGUUUGAGAAAGAGUCUUAUUGUGAGAACCAAAAACAGGGUGAUCAUCAAUCUUUAAUUGAUGAAGAUGCAGUGUGUUGUAUAUGCAUGGAUGGUGAAUGUCAGAACAGCAAUGUAAUCCUGUUUUGUGAUAUGUGUAAUUUAGCAGUACAUCAGGAAUGCUAUGGGGUGCCAUAUAUACCUGAGGGCCAGUGGCUCUGCAGACACUGCCUGCAGUCCCGUUCUCGGCCUGUAGACUGUGUGCUGUGCCCAAACAAGGGAGGUGCCUUUAAAAAGACUGAUGAUGAUCGUUGGGGACACGUUGUGUGUGCUUUGUGGAUUCCAGAAGUUGGAUUUGCCAAUACGGUUUUUAUUGAGCCAAUUGAUGGUGUCAGGAACAUUCCCCCAGCCAGAUGGAAGUUAACAUGCUACCUCUGUAAACAGAAAGGUGUUGGUGCCUGCAUCCAGUGCCACAAAGCAAACUGCUAUACUGCAUUCCAUGUGACAUGUGCUCAAAAGGCCGGUCUAUAUAUGAAAAUGGAACCUGUGAAAGAACUAACUGGCAGUGGGACAACAUUCUCUGUAAAAAAGACUGCCUAUUGUGAUGUACAUACUCCACCAGGUUGCACACGGAGACCUCUAAAUAUUUAUGGAGAAGCUGAAAUCAAAAACGGUGUUUGUAGAAAGGAAGGAUCAGUCAGAACUGCUAGGUCUACAUCAAAAGUCAGAAAAAAGACAAAAAAAGCCAAGAAAACAGUGGUUGAACCCUGUACAGUUAUGCCAACAGUAUCUGCUCCUUAUAUCCCCCCCCAGAGAUUAAAUAAGAUUAUGAAUCAGGUGGCCAUUCAGCGGAAGAAGCAAUUUGUUGAACGAGUGCACAGUUACUGGUUGCUUAAAAGACUGUCUAGGAAUGGUGUUCCUCUGUUGAGAAGGCUGCAGUCCAGUUUACAGUCACAAAGAAACACACAACAGAGAGAAGAUGAUGAAGAAAUGCAAGCCUUAAAAGAAAAAUUGAAGUACUGGCAAAGGCUGCGCCAUGAUCUUGAAAGAGCCCGUUUGUUGAUUGAACUUAUACGUAAGCGUGAAAAAUUAAAAAGAGAACAGGUCAAGAUUGAGCAGGUUGCUAUGGAACUUCAGCUUACUCCAUUCACUGUACUUCUGCGAUCAGUUCUGGAUCAGCUGCAGGAAAAGGAUUCUGCCCGUAUAUUUGCUCAGCCAGUGAACCUUAAAGAGGUUCCAGACUAUUUGGAUCAUAUAAAACAUCCUAUGGAUUUCUCUACCAUGCGGAAACGGUUAGAUGCUCAAGGCUAUAAAAACCUCAGUGAGUUCGAAGAAGACUUCAAUCUUAUCAUAGAUAACUGUAUGAAAUACAAUGCAAAAGAUACAAUAUUCUAUAGAGCUGCAGUGCGCUUAAGAGAUCAAGGAGGUGUAGUUCUCAGGCAAGCUAGGCGAGAUGCUGAAGGAAUCGGUUAUAAUAAUGAAACUGGAAUGCACUUACCUGAACGGCCUAAACUUGAGUCACCCCAGCCUUUCUCUUGGGAAGAUGUGGAUAGGUUACUGAAUCCUGCAAACAGAGCACAUAUGUCCUUGGAAGAACAGCUGAGAGAAUUGCUAGAAAAACUUGAUCUCACCUGUGCAAUGAAAUCCAGUGGGUCAAGGAGCAAAAGAGCAAAGCUGUUAAAGAAAGAAAUCAGCAUUAUCCGCAACAAACUAAGUCAGCAACACAACCAAGCUCCUCAAAUAGAAUCAGGUAUUGGAAGUUUUGAAGAAGAAAGUGCAGCAUUAGAACAAGACGGAGAAGAAGAAGGAGAUAAAUCUCCCCCUAAACUUGAACCAUCAGAUGCAUUACCUCUUCCUUCAAACUUGGAGACUAAUUCAGAACCACCAACCCUCAAACCAGUAGAACUCAAUCCAGAGCAGAGUAAGCUUUACAAAAGAGUAAAAUUUGAUAAUGAAUUAUAUAGCACUUCCAUUCAGAAAGAAAUAAAUGGACACACUCCAGAACAUUUACUUGACAGUAAUCUCAAUGAGUCGACUGUUUCUGCUGUAGCUGAGUCAUCAACUGAUGUAAACAGACGUACAUCCAUUCUCUUCUGCAAAUCGAAAAGUAUAAGCCCCCAAAAGUCUGCAAAGAACACUGAAACCCAGCCAACUUCUCCACAGCUAGGGACCAAAACCUUUUUGUCUGUAGUCCUUCCAAGGUUGGAGACACUUCUGCACCCAAGGAAAAGAUCAAGGAGUGCAUGUGGAGAUUCUGAGGUUGAUGAUGAGUCCCCUGUAAAGCGCUUGGAUACAGGUCUGUCAAAUGGUUUUGGAGAUGGAAGUAAUGAGAGAGCAUUAGAUGAUACUCCGGGAAGAAAAGUUGAACCUCGUCGCCGCUGUGCAUCAGAAUCUAGUAUUUCAUCUAGUAACAGUCUUUUGUGUAACUCAAGUUUUAGCCUGCCAAAGUGUGGCAAAGGUAAACCUGCACUUAUACGAAGACACACACUGGAAGACCGAAGUGAAUUGAUAUCAUGUAUUGAAAAUGGAAACUAUGCCAAAGCAGCAAGAAUUGCAGCUGCUAAUCCAUUUUCAGCUACUGCUUCAUUACUCUCAGAAGUUGGGCAUAGCAGUAUGUGGAUUUCAACUGAUGCUGCAACAUCUGUUCUUGAGCCUCUAAAAGUAGUAUGGGCCAAAUGCAGUGGAUAUCCCUCUUACCCAGCUCUGAUUAUUGACCCUAAAAUGCCUCGUGUUGCUGGUCAUCACAACGGUGUUACUAUACCAGUGCCACCUCUGGAUGUGCUGAAAAUUGGAGAACAAAUGCAGACCAAAUCAGAUGAGAAACUAUUCUUAGUACUAUUUUUUGACAAUAAAAGAAGUUGGCAGUGGCUUCCUAAAUCCAAAAUGGUUCCCCUUGGGAUAGAUGAGACCAUAGACAAGUUAAAAAUGAUGGAAGGACGUAACUCAAGCAUACGAAAAGCAGUAAGAAUUGCUUUUGAUCGUGCUAUGAAUCACCUGAGUAGAGUCCAUGGAGAACCAGUCAGUGACUUCAGUGAUAUUGACUAACAGAAAUUCUACCAAGGCAUGAAAAAUACCACACAGACUUGAACUGUACUAAUGAACCUCUUUGUCUAAAAGAAUGUAUUGAAGAUACAACCCCUUAAUUGUUCAUUCAGUGGCUGAGUUCUGCAAACUUGAAAUAGUUGAGCAAUUCUUCUAAAUCACCAUUGCCAUAUUGAUUAAUGAUUUUAUCGUGUUGUAGUUUGGAGGAUUUUCCACUAAACCUGUUAAAAUGUCUUGUUCAUAGUGUUCAUAAUUGUACAUAAAUGUAUAUUCAACACUUAACUUAUUCUGAUUUUAGAAGUAGUUCUUUAAUUCCUUUUAUAAUUUUGCUGGGGAGGGAGUUGGUAUUUGUUUCCAUGCUUUCUACUUUUUUCUCUCUUUCUUUCUGAGGUUAAAUUACCUAAGCACCAUCUUCCAGCUUAAGGUGUUUAGUGGAUCUUAAAGCCUAAUAUCAAAAUGACAUCAAAUAUAUGUUUGCCUAAAUCAUAUACAAUAUGGUGCUGCUUGUAUCAUUUCUUCCUUGGUCUGUAGCUUCUGAAAAAGACUUCUGAAUGUUUGUGUAAAUCGUUGCUCUUUGCACAAAGUACCACAUAUUUAAGAUUGAUGUAAAUUUACAAUUACAAAUAUGUAUUUUAAGAAAGGAAGUUGCAUUAUUUUGGAGGGUACUUUGUGAGAAAGACAUCAAGAAAAAAAUUAUACUAUGUACAUCACUUGCAAAUCACCAAAAACACUCCAUUGUUGCCCAAAAUAACUUAAGAUUGUUUUUGUUUUGAACAAACCUGGCUUAAAGCCUGCAAGCACAUUAUUUCUUUCAAAACCAUAUCCCAUUUAUCUCCCAUUGAUUUAAUUUUGUUGAUAUGUGUGCCUCCCUGUGUUUUAUUUAUUGUAGAAAAUGUAUUAAUUUGCUUUAUAAUGAAAAAUAAAAUUGACAAAUAUAUUGAUAUGCAUUUUUAUACAGGCACAUGAGAAGACAACUUGCUUUGGGAGAAAAAUGUAUUGGAAAUUGUAUAAAAUAACUCGAUGGUUUGUGUGUAAUUUGAUUUUUUUGUAACUUGUAAUCUUUUGUUUCCGAUGAGGGGAUUUAUGUAACUUUUAAUUUAGAACACUUUGGUAGCAAUAGAAACUUUGGAUACAUUUUUGUAUGGUACAUGUGAUGUAUAUAGAAUUAGUACUUUAUUUUUAUUUUUAAGAAGUAAAGCAUUAUGUUUGGGCAGGGGGAAGAAGAAGGGUGGGUUUCCAGAACUGCAUUUUUAUAUUAAAAAAAAAAAUAAAGUCAAGAUAUUGAUUGUUGUAGCUACUUUAUUCCUACCUUCACUGAGAUACUGAAUUU